AUGAUUCUCGAUGUUAUACCGCCCAUUAAUUCUAGAGUCAAUUCAUCAACGACCAAUAUAAGUAUCCGUUUCAUUUCAACCGUUUAUUUGUCAACUGGAAUCAUCACCAUCUAUGAAGCCUCUAAUCACCGUAUUAGACAAAGAGUUUCAGCAACCUCUAAAUUCUGUAAACUUAGUAAUGAUGGGAUGGUUGUCAAUAUAAGUAUCAUUGAUAGCACAUUUAAUGAGGGUGGCAAGAAAUAUUAUGUGAAAAUGGAUAAUAACUUUGCAAAAUCAAGAAAAUUUAAUAACGAACCUUUAAAAGGAAUUGAAAGUGAAAUUUGGAUUCUUGAAUCGGAAUCUAGGGUUAAACGCUUAGAUAAAGACAUUAUAGGCUUAAUCCAACUUGCUCCAGAUGCGUCCGAAAAAUUCUUAAAAUUUUCUAAAACUGGACAAUCAAAUUACUUUGACGAUCUAAAACAAGAAUUUAUUAAUAAAGUGCCAGUCCAGAAUUCCAAUUUAACUUUAGGUCCGAUAUUCGAAAUUGUCAAUAAAAGUGUCGUAAUUCAACUCCGUAUAGAUGGAAAUGCUGUAUCAGAUUUAAACAAUAUGAUCAAAUACAAGAAUAUAACUACCUUCUCUUCUGGUCUGACAAAUGACCUGGACCAGAAUUUUGGCUUUCAAAAAAUCACUGAUCCAUGGAAUGGUUAUGGGAUUCAAAUAGUUGCCGUGAUUGUAACUUAUAUAAUAUUAUACCUAUUAUCUCGUAUACUUAGUUAUAAGGGAAUUAAAAAUCCCUUUUUUGGUGAUAAGUUUAUAAAAUGGGUUAUGAAAUAUCCAAGUUUAGUUGUUAUGCUCAUUAUUUUAGCAUCAACUGAUUACGAAUAUUUGACGAUUUUAAAAGAUGGACCAAUGCUUACUAAGAAAUACGAACAAAUCAAAAUCUUUAAUUUAUUUAUACAUAUAUCAGAAGCUGCAAUAAUAUGGGGUGCAUUCUUUGAUAUCUUUUUUAGGACUAUUCCAUAG